ACAGUAAUGACAUUUCAAAUAAGAAAUACGACUUUGUUAUCAAAAGAAUUGUUCGAAUACGUAUUUUGAUUCAGAAUUAUGACUAAAAAUAAUAAAUAAAUACACAUUUAACCACCAAAAUGGCAUUUCCUAAGAUCGAUGGUUACGUGGUGACGGAAAAACUGGGCACAGGCAGCUAUUCCACCGUUUACAAAGCAUAUACAAAGGUGGGCGCCCGGACGGUGGUCGCAAUAAAAUGUGUGGACAAAUCCCGUGUGAAAUACUCCGGUUCAGCCGUAGACAAUCUCAUUACAGAGAUCAGUCUUCUGAAGAAACUCACACACCCACAUAUCGUACAUAUGAAGAACUUUACCUGGGAUGAUAAAUAUGUUCUUUUUACUCCAGGAGUAGUCCAUAUGGAUUUGAAGCCACACAACCUAUUACUCCACAAAGGAUCUGAUGGCAAGUACAUACUGAAAGUGGCUGAUUUUGGGUUUGCAUCGUACAUGACGGAUGCGGUGCAGCGCUCAGUCCGCGGGUCCCCGCUGUACAUGGCGCCGGAGAUGCUGGCCGGCCAGUACGAUGCCAGGGUGGACCUCUGGAGUGUCGGUGUGAUAAUGUAUGAGUGCCUAUUCGGCCGCGCCCCCUACUCCUCGGUCUCUAUGAAGGAGCUGAUAGACAAGAUACAGAAACAAGCCCCUAUAGAGCUUCCCCGUAACGCCUCCAUUUCCCCUGGGUGUAGGAAGCUACUCUUCGGCCUCCUGCAACAUGACCCUGACAAGAGGAUCAGCUAUGAAGAGUUUUUCAGCGACGAGUAUUUGGAUCUAGAACAUAUGCCAACCAAGGAGAAUUAUGAAAAGGCGGUGAACAUAAUAAAGCGAGCGAUAGAAUUGGACAGUGCUGGGGAUUAUAGCGCCGCGUUCGAAGGGUAUAAGCAGAGCUUGGUGUAUUUAGUACCGUGUGUGUCGUGUGAACCUGAUAGCUUACGGCGCGCCGCAUUGGCUGGGAAACUUAGCAGGUAUAUGCAACGUGCCGAAGAGAUAAAGUUGUAUCUGUCGACCGGGCGCUGGUACCGACCGCCCAAGGACACGCACACUCCCAGUGUCAACUGUUAUGCAGCUGUUACAGCUGAUACGUCCAUAGAGUGUAAAUGCAGUGGAGUAUGUUCCUGCCCAAGUUCGGGGAUUAAUGGGAAACCGACAGAGCUGGGGAUUAGUGAGAAGGUGACAGAAAUGGGGAUUACUGAGGAACCGACGGGGAGUAAUAUGGCGCCACUAGCGCAAGAGUCGCCGUCGAAAUCUCGCUUUGGUUUUAAGAAGCUAUUCAGUCGACAACCACCCUUUCUUGAAACUAAAGAUUCAAGUAUGCCGGGUGUCAUAUACCCGACUAAGGAACUACAGUGA